GACUUGAGCAUCUGUGGACUUUAUUAUCUGCAGGGGGUCCUGGAACCAAUUCCCAUGGAUACUGAGGGAUGACUGUACUUUGGUUUCCCACCACUGUGAGUAUACAGAACAAAGCAACUUCAGUCACUGCCCUUCCCAACUCUCCAGUGUCUCCUUGCCCUACCUUCCAGCCCCAUGUGUGUCUUCGUAAUAGCAUAGUUGCAUUUUUUUUUUUUAAGGGAGGCAGGGUCUCCAUUUGUUGCCCAGGCUGCAGUGCAGUGGUGCAAUCAGCUCACUAUAACCUUGAACUCCUGGGCUCAAGGGAUCUUCCCCUCUCCACUUCCCAAGUAGCUGGGGCUACAGGUGCACACCACCAUGCUACACCCAGCUUAUUUAUUUUAAAAUUUUUGUAGAGACAGGGUCUUGCUGUCUUGUCCAGUCUGGUCUCAAACUCCUGGCUUCAAGUGAUCCUCCCUGCCUUGGCCUCCUAAAGAGUUGGGAUUACAAGGCUGGGCGCAAUGGCUCACGCCUGUAAUCCCAGCACUUUGGGAGGCCGAGGCGGGCGGAUCACGAGGUCAGGAGAUCCAGACCAUCCUGGCUAACACCGUGAAACCCCGUCUCUACUAAAAAUACAAAAAGUUAGCCGGGCGUGGUUGCGGGCGCCUGUAGUCCCAGCUACCUGGGAGGCUGAGGCAGGAGACUGCAGCCUGGGCGACAGAGCGAGACUCCGUCUCAAAAAAAAAAAAGAGUUGGGAUUACAGGCAUGAGCCGCUGAGCCCAGUCACAGCUGCAAUUUCAUUAGGCUGAACUGUGUGAAAUCAUCAGUAGUGGGCUUCUGUUUUACUCCCUGCAUUAUUCAAUCAGAUAGAUGAUUGCUUUGAGACUUUCAUUAGUUUCACUAGCUUCGCGCUGUAAGAGCCAAGAGGCAGAGCCACAGGGCUGGGCUGCCUGGUUUCGCUCCCCACUGCAGGGCUCGGUUAAGCAGAGUGUAGAGCUAAGAGAGGAAUGGAGAAGGUGGAAGGUGUCCCUCCCUUCCAGCGCUCAUCUGAUGCACCAGCCAAACCAAACACCACCUGGGCCUUUGAACAUUGCCAAGCCUCAUCCGCUGUUGUCAUUUUACCCACUUCUACAGCUGCAGGGACAGCCGUAGGCCCGGAACUGGGCUAUCUCUUCCUAGGGGCCCGCCUAUCUGCUCAGCUGCACUGCGUUUUAGGGGUGGGGAAGCUAAGGCACGAGCUUGGGGUCCCAAAGCAUGCCCAGACCACCCAGGCUUCCACCCAGGUCCUCCUCCUUCAGGUCUCACUUCGUUUCUUCUCCCCUGGGCUCAGUUCCAGUCCUGGCUGUAAGACUGGGAAAGCCACUGCUUGAGUCAGGACCUCAGUGGCUAUUUUUGUCCGUGAGACGUCCUCUACACCACGACUUGCGAGGUAGCCUAGGCGAAAGAGAAAUUAGUCGUGGCUCCUUUAAGGGGUCCGCGGAGGCGCGCCCGGCCUUUUGUUUGAGCGGCGGCGCGCGCGUCAGCGUCAACGCCUGCGCCUGCGCACUGAGGGCGGCCUGGUCGUCGACUGCGGCGGCGGCGGCUGAGGAGCCCGGCUGAGGCGCCGGUACCCGGCCCGGUCCGCAUUUCGCCUUCCGGCUUCGGUUUCCCUCGGCCCAGCACGCCCCGGCCCCGCCCCAGCCCUCUUGAUCCCUCGCAGCCCGGCUCCGGCCGCCCGCCUCUGCCGCCGCAAUGAUGAUGAUGGCGCUGAGCAAGACCUUCGGGCAGAAGCCCGUGAAGUUCCAGCUGGAGGACGACGGCGAGUUCUACAUGAUCGGCUCCGAGGUGGGAAACUACCUCCGUAUGUUCCGAGGUUCUCUGUACAAGAGAUACCCCUCACUCUGGAGGCGACUAGCCACUGUGGAAGAGAGGAAGAAAAUAGUUGCAUCGUCACAUGGUAAAAAAACAAAACCUAACACUAAGGAUCACGGAUACACGACUCUAGCCACCAGUGUGACCCUGUUAAAAGCCUCGGAAGUGGAAGAGAUUCUGGAUGGCAACGAUGAGAAGUACAAGGCUGUAUCCAUCAGCACAGAGCCCCCCACCUACCUCAGGGAACAGAAGGCCAAGAGGAACAGCCAGUGGGUACCCACCCUGCCCAACAGCUCCCACCACCUGGAUGCCGUGCCGUGCUCCACGACCAUCAACAGGAACCGCAUGGGCCGGGACAAGAAGAGAACCUUCCCCCUUUGCUUUGAUGACCAUGACCCAGCUGUGAUCCAUGAGAACGCAUCUCAGCCCGAGGUGCUGGUCCCCAUCCGGCUGGACAUGGAGAUCGAUGGGCAGAAGCUGCGAGACGCCUUCACCUGGAACAUGAAUGAGAAGUUGAUGACGCCUGAGAUGUUUUCAGAAAUCCUCUGUGACGACCUGGAUUUGAACCCGCUGACAUUUGUGCCAGCCAUCGCCUCCGCCAUCAGACAGCAAAUCGAGUCCUACCCCACGGACAGCAUCCUGGAGGACCAGUCAGACCAGCGCGUCAUCAUCAAGCUGAACAUCCAUGUGGGAAACAUUUCCCUGGUGGACCAGUUUGAGUGGGACAUGUCAGAGAAGGAGAACUCGCCGGAGAAGUUUGCCCUGAAGCUGUGCUCGGAGCUGGGGUUGGGCGGGGAGUUUGUCACCACCAUCGCAUACAGCAUCCGGGGACAGCUGAGCUGGCAUCAGAAGACCUACGCCUUCAGCGAGAACCCUCUGCCCACAGUGGAGAUUGCCAUCCGGAACACGGGCGAUGCAGACCAGUGGUGCCCACUGCUGGAGACUCUGACAGACGCUGAGAUGGAGAAGAAGAUCCGCGACCAGGACAGGAACACGAGGCGGAUGAGGCGUCUUGCCAACACGGCCCCGGCCUGGUAACCAGCCCAUCAGCACGUGGCUCCCACGGAGCAUCUCAGAAGAUUGGGCCGCCUCUCCUCCAUCUGGCAAGGACAGAGGCGAGGGGACAGCCCAGUGCCAUCCUGAGGAUCGGGGUGGGGGUGGAGUGGGGGCUUCCAGGUGGCCCUUCCCGGCACACAUUCCAUUUGUUGAGCCCCAGUCCUGCCCCCCACCCUCCCUACCCCUCCCCAGUCUCUGGGGUCAGGAAGAAACCUUAUUUUAGGUUGUGUUUUGUUUUUGUAUAGGAGCCCCAGGCAGGGCUAGUAACAGUUUUUAAAUAAAAGGCAACAGGUCAUGUUCAA